UCCUCUCAUUCUCGCCAUACUUUGCAUAGUAGAUUGAGCGUUGAUGCUAGUCAUACUCGGUCUGGUAAAAUCUUCGGACAAAAUCUUGCGAGAUUAUGUCAUCUUAAGGCGACGAUUUUCGUCUUACUCGAUCGGACAUAAACUUCAGCGUUUUACGUUAAAAUUUGGCAUGGUUAUGAGUCCGAGUUGGCUGUGCUUUUGCUGUAUAACAGAGCAGCCUCCACCGCGACGGCCCAGAAUCGACAGAAGUAUGAUUGGAGAACCUAUGAACUUUCAGCAUACAGGCCACAUCGGGUCGGGAGAAGUACAAAUAUCAGGAAUAUCUGUAGAUCUAAACGACAUGUCGUACAGAAUGAAAAGCAAGGGAGGUUAUCAGGACAACGGUGUCGACAGUAGAUUAACGCCUAACGGCGACGAUAUUGGAAAUGGCAUGAAAACGGCACAAGAAUAACUAUUUGAUAUUUUCUAAAGAUUUUCUAUGUAAAUAUACCAGCAAAGAACUAUUUGUGAAUAUUUAGUUGUUAGUCGUACAUGAAAGCAACCUAUACUAAGUUUGUUCAUUAUAUCUCAAGACCAUGGUUACCUCUAAAACAAGAGUUCAGCUGACGACGAAACUUUGGAUGAGUAAUUACCGAAACCUGUUUACUCAAGUACUCUUGAAAUAAGAUAGAUCAUGUACUUCUUGUAUAUAAACAACGCCAGUUGGGAUGAGCUAAAUUAUUCAUUAAUCAAUAACAAACCAAAAAUUGCAUCUGGUCUAAGUGUGAAAUGUGAAAUCGACAGAACAAUAUAUUUUGUAUAAAGUGUAA